CAUAGCGAACAACGAACAGCGAGCAACGAACAACAAAGUGGCGACGGCGGGCGAGUUAGGUUGGUUUUCUUGCGGUGAGUGCGCCAUACGAAAUCAGUCCACAUUGGAGCUUGGCGUUGUGUGUACACAAAACUGAAUAAACCUGAACGCGACGGCGGUGGCGUUUUCGAUUGUUGCGUUAACGACGGCUGAUGAUGGGUGUGAAUGGCGCGUGUGGAAUGGUGAUAACCAAAUAAUAAACCGCAAAGAAUCAAUGAAUUCUAGUGAAAACAAAUCAGUAACCGAGUAAAUAAAGCAAAUAACAAACAACAAAAACAACAAUAGCAACUAGUGCAGAGUGUUGAGGAGUGCAAGCAAGAAUAAUUGUGAAUCAAAAAUAAAUAGCAGUGAAAAAUUGUUACAAAAUAUAAUAUUUGAAAAAGUGUAAAUUUUAAAGGAAUAAUGGGAUUAGGUACUUUAAAAUUGAUUUACCGUUGAUCCAAAAAAAACCUCACCCCCACACACACACUCGCGACAUUAUAAUCGCUUAAAAGCGGUUGAACCAUACGAAUCCGAUAUAUCUUCGCUUAGCCUUAGACAUCCUUCAUUCUUUCAUUAAAAUGCUCGUGCCAUCGGAUAUGAUUGCGGCACAGUCCAAGAUGGUCUAUCAGAUGAACAAAUAUUGCGCGGAUCGUGUACAGGUGCGCAAAGCACAAAUCCACAAACAAAUACUCGAGGUGUGUCGCAUCGUGCAAGACGUUCUCAAAGAAGUCGAGGUGCAAGAGCCGCGUUUCAUUUCCUCCCUCAACGAUUACAAUGGACGCUUUGAGGGUCUCGAAGUGAUUUCACCCAAUGAAUUCGAAAUAGUCAUUUAUCUCAAUCAAAUGGGGGUAUUGAACUUCGUCGACGAUGGCACACUGCCCGGCUGUGCGGUGCUCAAGCUAAGCGACGGCCGCAAACGUUCCAUGUCGCUGUGGGUGGAAUUCAUCACCGCGUCGGGUUAUUUGUCUGCGCGCAAAAUACGUUCCCGCUUUCAAACGUUGGUGGCGCAAGCGUGUGAUAAGUGCGCCUAUCGCGACAUCGUCAAAAUGAUCGCCGACACUACGGAGGUGAAAUUACGUAUACGCGAACGCAUCAUUGUGCAGAUUACGCCCGCCUUCAAGUGCGCCGGCCUGUGGCCUCGCUCUGCGGCACAUUGGCCCUUGCCAGGCAUACCGUGGCCGCAUCCGAAUAUUGUUGCAGAGGUUAAGACUGAGGGCUUCGAUAUGCUGUCGAAGGAAUGCAUUGCGUUGCAGGGCAAGAACUCCGCCAUGGAAGGUGAUGCCUGGGUGCUGAGUUUCACCGAUGCCGAAAAUCGUUUGCUGCAAGGUGCCAGCCGACGACGUUGUUUGAGUAUUUUGAAGACGCUUCGUGAUCGCCAUUUGGAUUUGCCGGGCAAUCCAGUAACUUCGUAUCACCUGAAGACCUUGUUGUUGUAUGAGUGUGAGAAGCAUCCGCGCGAAAUGGAAUGGGAGGAGAACUGCAUUGCCGAUCGCAUUAACGGCAUAUUUCUACAACUGAUUUCUUGCUUGCAGUGCCGUCGGUGUCCCCACUACUUUCUGCCGAACAUGGACCUCUUCAAGGGCAAAUCGCCGGGAGCGCUGGAAAAUGCGGCGAAGCAGGUGUGGCGCCUAACGCGAAUUAUGCUCACCAAUGCGCGCUGUUUGGAGGAAUUAUAAGAUUGUUAUGACUUUAUUUUUAAUAAUAAUAUAAACACAUAUGUAUGUAUGUAUGUAUAUGUAAGUAAGCAAAUCAAGUAAUUUAUGUUUAAAUAGAGACUUUUUAAUUUAGGGCGUUUUUCAACAAUUUUUGAAGUUGCUGAUUAAAGUGCAUAACAACGAAGAAAAACAAAAACAAAACAAGAAUA